GAAUUUCAAAAUUAUGUUCGCACUAACACCAGUCAUUUUACUUUUUGUAACAUUUGGCUAUACACUUUCUUUUGAAUCAAUCGUGAAAUGCUGUGAAGAUGGUCUAAUUUUGAAUGAAUUUAUGGUGUGCGAACCCACCCUGAAUACAACAAAUUCUUUGUCUGAGACGAUCGUUGACGUUAAUACCACUUGUUCAAAAAAAGAGGUUUCUUCAAGUGGAAUGCAAACAAUCCGAUGCGCCGAUGUUGGUCAAAAUGGUACACUCCUCUUUCGAAAUUGUUCAUUUAUCCAUAAAUCUCAUCAGCAGCCUGGUCAAUGUCAAAGUCUAUUUACUCCUCUCAAAUUUUGGGGAGUCUCAAUAGUCGUAUUUGCAUCAUUCGUUUACAGUAUACCAUACUCCGUAGUUGUAAUUCUUUAUUGUGUAAUGCCGGAUCUUCGUCGAAAAUCGUUCGACAAGGGAGUAAUGUUUUUCUGCUUUACGCAAGUGGGCAUAGCUCUAAUUUUGUGUACAUUGGGAUUACUUAUACUCUGUCAUACAGAAGUGCCCAAAAUAGUCUACUCCUUAGUUGGUCUUACACUUAUGUUUUUAACAAUAUCAUCCGUAUUAUGGAUGUCGAUAAUGUGCUUCGAUGUUACAUUGACAAUUACUCGAUUCCGAUGGACACCUGCGAGCAGCAAAGAUGAUGAAACUCGAAAAUUUCGUAUUUAUAUCAUCUGGGUUUAUGGUGUGUCUUUCUUGUCUACAUCAAUUGUAGGUAUUCUUGAAUUGGUACCACUGAUACCAAAGGACUGGAGUAUCAAACCGAAUUUUGAGAAUUUUUAUGAUACAAAUAUAGCAGUAAUUGCUUAUGUUGGGGCGAUACCAUUUUUGAUUUGUGUAGCGAACAGUGCUCUUUUUGUUUAUACAUCCUGGAGGAUGUUCAAAAUCCAAAAGUCGACAAGCAUAGCCAAAGAAAAUAGAAAAGAUAAUCAGAAGAAAAAUUAUAUCAUGUAUUUAAAACUAUAUUUCUUGAUGGAUGCUCCCUGGAUUUCUAGCGCACUUGGCGCUAUUUAUCCAGAUCUCUGGAUUUUAAAGUUAGUCAGAAUGAUACAUCCAGUCUUGUUAUUGCUAACAAUAUUACCUAGAAAAAUGGUAGUAACGACCUUCAAGUGUAGUAGAUCCGCAAAAUCCUGA